AUGGCAGAUGAGAGGAGCCGUCUUCGCUCUUACUCCAUUACAGCCGCCUGCCUUCAUGCCUGGGGAGCCGGCAGCGCUCAGCGGACACGGGGGAAGAGCCUGGAUCUGCCUCCCAGCCCCGAGGCAUCUCCCCCGCCGGGGAGGACGGCGGCACGCUCCCGACCCCGCUGGGAACCGGGCUAUUUCCCACGCAGCUUCACGACAUCGAAGAAAGCGCCCGGUCGGGAAGGGAACAUAUCCAGACGCGCCCACAGCGGUGUCAGUCAGCGCGGGCCCUGCGGGCUGGCCGGGGCGCGGAGAGCGAGCGGCGGCGAGGCCCCCUGUUCUCACGGCGAGGGCUGCGGCUGCAUCCCGGCCCAUCUGCCUCCCGCGCCGGGCGGGCUCUUCCGCGCUGCCCCGGCCCCCGCCGCAGCACCGACGCCACCCCCGGCCACCCCGACAAAGGUGGGGCCCGGGGCGCCGAGGCCCCUCCUCGGCGGCUCCGGCUGCGAGCGCACCCGGCUGCUCUCGGCGGGCGAAGGCCCUUCCCCUCCUCCGCCUCCCGCCCCGAGUUUCCACAGCGCCGGGCAGCCUAGCCCGGCCUCCUCACGCCGGUCUCCGCUGAGCCCCUCCGCGCUGCCAGCGCCUUCCUCCCCCCGCGCCGGGCUCGCCGGCGAGGGGCCGCUCCGCCUCUUUCCCCUGCCCGCCGCCGGCUGCGGGCGGGAGUCGAGCGAGGGCCGGAGCUCCGCCGCCCGCGCCCCCUCUCGCCCGCCCGCCCCAACAGCACGGGCGGCUCCAGACACAAAGGGGAGUCGCUGCAGCCGCCGGCCCGGGCGCCCGUCCCGCCGCACCGCCCCCGCCGCCCGGCUCCGCCCCGCACCAUGGAGGUGGCUCCAGGCAGGAAAAGCCCUAUCCACAAUGGUCAGCCUGUCCUGCCAAGAUGUGAGAGUGGUAAAACCUCCUGUGGCAUCACAUACCAGACCAGGCUCUCAUGCUCCCAGUUCUACCAAAAGCCUUAAGGAAAUGGGACAGUGGCUUGGAAGUUUCACACAAUGCUCAUCUGCAGGAGUACGUCCCUGGGACAGGCUGGCAGAUAGUCCUCAACUCAGAAGGAAACAGUAAGUCUCAGUUUCUCUUGGCUUAACCAAAAGCUGUAAAGCAUAUUCUUCCUGCUCUCCACUUGUAUUUAGAGCUCCCCUGCGUAUUUUGUUGAUGAAAUCUCUCACCCCAAUUCAGGAGAUAGCAGCGUUUGCUAAACAUACUCUGCCUUGCUACCAGAAGAGCUUCUGACCUUGUCCUGUCUUCUCCUUAGCGUUUGGCAAAUACUUAUCUGUACUCACUGUGACCUCCAGCCAGCUGGGUAAAAAGCUUUGGAGCCAAACAUGUGCACAAAUAAUUCCAGGGGUAGCUGUUACUACUGCAUUAUCUCUUUCUGUGGUUUCUACAGAUAGAAAUAUACAUGUUGCAGUUUACAACUCCUUUCCCUUUAGCAGACCAAGGACCAUCUUCAACUCAGGGCCAUUAAACCCAUCUCAACAAAGAGGGCCUUCAGUCUGGUACUCCCCUGUUUUGCCAGAUGUAUCCUAUCGGAUGAAACAGAGCCCACAACAGCCAAAAUCACAAAUCACAGCCCUGCCAUCUUUAGCCAAGAAGGUCUCCAUUUAAUCACUCUUCUCACCUUAUGUGUAACAGAGGCUAUUCUGUGUGUUUCCAAGCACUGCACCCCAUCUCUCCAACCCCUCCAGCCUCCCACAGCCCAGACAUGAGGUGUUUUUUCACCCUGACGCAUUGAGGUCCACGCCUGAUCAGAGUUCAUUCAACCCGAAGAGCAGCAAUGACUCGCUUCCAAAAAAUGAGACUAUUAUGGCUAGAGACCAUUAUGAAAGCCUGCGUGAAGCUGAGACCAGAUGUGUGCUCAGCUCACUCAAAAUAUUGCUUAGAGCAAAGCUCUGGAUUGUUUUGGUUUUGUUUUUUAAACAAAACAGGAUUGACAGAAUCUCUUCUGUAACAUGAGAGAUUUUCUGAUGUUUUUCUGCACUGCUGUUGCAGAUGUGUGGCUGGGCUGGGAGCUCACACCCACCGACAGUGACCACAGCAGCUCUCAGAAGUGGAUGAAGACAUGGAAGGAACCCUUAUGUGAUAGGAUGGAAGUGAUGGGGGUGCCAGCCCAUUUAAGUUCAGCUCCAAGAAUCAGCUUGUGGUCAUUGGGACCAUGUUAUUCUUUCAGCAGGAUGUUCUGUAUGAGCCCCUGGAAGUGAGAGCGAUAACAUGGCUCUGAUCACUUUUUGCCUUCACAGCAAACCUUUCAUCAGAGGAACCUCAAAGCAACUUGCCAGCAAGAAUGGGCACAACCUCACACUGUGCCUGUGAGAUAAGCGAAGGAUGGAAUAGAUUAACUGCUUAAAAGCACACAGCAGCUCUGUGGGAUGAAGGAAAAUAAGAAAAAAACCUUAUAUAUAUACAUACACUUUUGAAACCAUACAGGGUUUUAUGGAGAGGCAGCCUGGAAGGCUGCCAGGAUACUGAAAUUGCCACCCCUACACAACCACGAAUACCAUGGAAACCAGUGGGGCACUGGCAGGCAGGAAAGGAAAUCAGCUGAAAAAUGGCUUUCCAUGAAAUGCAGCCAGGCUGGGACACUGCUCCCCUCCUGACUGAGGGAGGCCUACGUGCCUAACCACCAGUGUUGCUGCUGGUGGGAGCUGGGCUCCAGGAGAGAGUCAGUCCCAGUAAUUUCCCAGCCUGGGGUAACGCUUUCCUGGCGGCGGCCAGUGGAUGACAGCAAAAAAUGGGAUGGCUGAAAACUGCUACAUCAUGUCAGCUGUGGUGGGGAGGUAAUGGAAACCCUGAGUGCCUAGUAAAGCUUCAACACAUGCUGGGAGGUAUAAGAAGAUCAAAGUCGGUUGACAUCUGAAUAAGGACAGGGAAGGAACAUGUAUGUGCAAGCUCCUGCCUGCCCUGUCUGGUGAGGCACGAUUAAAAAGCACAGAACACUCAUCAGUUUUCCUUCAAAAUACUAAAAAAGCACAAAGAAGGAUUCCUUUAACCUGAGCAAAAGUAAGUAAAGGAGGGAGACCUGGAAAACAAAGCCAAAAAUAACAAAUGAAACUGAAUGUAACAGGAAUAACAGAAAUAAACAAACCCAGACAAGCAGUGGAGGAGGAAUGAACAUGCUGUUAAUCUGUCAAGUACACCAUGCCCACAUCAAACUACAGAGUAAGCCCAGAGAAAUACCCAGCCUCCUAGCUGAGCAAGGGCACCUGCUUGUUACCAAACAGCACAUAUCCCUUAAAAAGUCAUACUCCUGGUAAGCAGGGGAGGAGGAAUUCAAGCAUAGAACAGCUGUACUCAUUCAAAAUACUGCUAAGAGGAACAGCGGCAUCUUAUGAGUAAGCUGGAUACGGCGCAAGCAGCACCAGGCUUGAACAAAAAUAGCCCAGUGGAGAUGAGAGGCAAGAAGAGACACCAGUACACUGCUCUCCUUCUAGCUCUCAUCAACUGAAGGAUGCAGAGGUGAUCUCCUACAGAGCCUAGAUUGAAUAGAGACAGGGGGAUAUUUCUUCAGAAAAGCAAAGAGAGCUGGAAAACCAGAGAAGCAGCAGAGCAGCAUUUCUGCUAUGUUAAAAUGCACAGAGCGAACAGACCUUCCAGUAAGCACAGGGGAGGGCUGGAAAGGGGAUGGGAGCAUUGCCGUGGCUGGCCCUGAUAAGGCUCUAUCUAGGAACAGGCGAGGGCUGUGCUCACAGCCCAGCUGAGAAAUGGGUCUGGAGGAGUGCGAGAACAACAGGAUAACAUCAGGCACUUCUCACACAGCUGAAGGACCGCCACUGGUCAUCAGGAGACAAGUGCAGAUGGGAGACUUUAAAGUGGUGCCAGAAAAAACAAGCUACAGCCAGGGUCGAGGAACAUGGGAUCCAACUCCUAGUUGUCAGCAAUUGUGGUGUAUACAUUGCUGAAAACAGAUGCAGUGCCAGGAAAAUCCAACUCCCAGCAUGAAAAGAAUAACUUAGGAAUGAUAAUGAGAGAAGCCAAAGCAACUGCGACUGUGAAUUAGUGAUUACAUAAAAGUUUUUAUCUUAAAGUUAUGUUAGGCCAAACCCUGAAGUAAUUUUUUUCAUCCAAGAAUGCUCCCUCGAGACCCUGUGAUUUGGCCACAAAUUGCUACAUUAAAAAAAAAAAAAUACCCCCACAAAAAAAAAAAAAAAAAAAAAGCACAACAAAACAAAGAUUUCCUUUUUAUGCUGGCUGGAAAUACAUACAUAGCAGACAAUAGCUUUGACUGGCAUCAAACACUUCUCCAGCAGGUAGCUGAAGUUCUCUGUUUUAUGCCACCAUCAGCAUCACCGUGAGGGACAGACCAGUCUUCAGGAUUUGCUCCCUUAUGUGGCUGCUAGCCAGGGAAGUUGGAACUGUGGUUGUUUAGUAUGAAGACAAGUACGAGUUAUUCAAGCUCCCUGAAACAAGUGAGGUACAAUCCACAUCACAGUUCCUCCCACUUGGACCUAUCCUAAAAAGCUAACUAAGGACUAAAGCUACUCCUGGAAAACUGAACAUACAGUAGCCUGGGUACUGCCAUAAGGAAACGUAGCAAUCAUCACUGCCCACCAUGUGCUGAACAGCAAUAAAAAUGAUUUUUAAAAAUAGCUGAGUUGGGAAAAAAAAUACCGAUGUCUCAGUGGCAGGCUCAAAAGAGCAGCAAAAGGAUUCUCUCUAUCCCAUUCCCUGGGCAAUACUGAGCUCAGCAGCAGCUCUGGGCUUCACACCUGGAGGGUUCUGUGUAGUUUCAAACUACAAACUACUGGGUCUGCAAAUCCCAGAGCCCAGUAGGUCCCAAAGAGAUGCAGCCACAAUGAGACAUCUCUCACCUCCCAGAACCUCUCCCCAUUCCAGUUGGAGAUCAUCACACACAUGAAACUUCCCUGCUCAAUCUUUGGACUUGGCUUACCAGGAGUAAUAUGCUGCCAAUCUGCAAUUGCUAAAGAGGUAUCAAAAAUAACAUGAGAAAGUGAGUAUUUGGAGCAGGAGACACACCCUUCCCAUGACAGAUGACCUGCUAUAAAAGCCCUUACAAAAGCAAGGGAAUGUGCUGUUGUAAAAUCUGAAGCUUAAAUGCUGUGCAGCCAAAAAUCUUGGAAAUAGUUCUUUCAAAUUAUACAAACACUUUGGAGAUUCUGAGAGAAUAAAUAGCUGGAAAUAGGUUUAGAUAAAAGAACCUUUCAUGCCAGCUGGCAAAAGGCAAACAGAUGGAUCAGAUAGAUGGAUAGAUGGGGCUUAAAGCCACUUUUGUCUCAGCAGUAGCUGGGCUUGUGUAUGCAAUGUCUGAAGGCAGCAUAUCUCAUUAUCUGACCCUUAAAUGUUAGCUUUAUGAAAUCAUAUCAGAUGAAGCUGCAGCCUUCAAAAGCAUCUCUCAGCUCGGCAGGACUCUUGCCUUCCUCCCAGCAGGCCUUGGGCUGGCUUGGUGCUCAUGCAUACCCCUCAGGUUCUCCCCUGCUCAGAGCAUCAGUCCGGGCUCUGUCAAAGCUCAAGGAGGUUUGUUAUGGUGCAGGGAGUUUCACAAAUAUUUGGUCUUAUGUUCCCAUAGUGCAACAGCAGCAGGAUGGCCCCAGAGGGUGAGAAAUGAAGGAUGCUGUGAAAGCUGAAGGGAAAUCCCCCAAACUGUGUUCAACAUGUUUAACAGAAACUCACUGAAAGCGGGAUGUGAUCCACACGACACAAACCAGAGUAAGCAUUCUGUAUUUUCUGUAGCCUGUGCAGCUUGAGUAAAGGUGUUAUUUAGUUCUAGCUGUGCUUUUGGUGCAUGAAUCUAAAGAGGCCAAACUGAGCCACCUCAGAAGGGGAAUUACACCUUGUUUGAUGGGGAUGGGCCUGAACCACAGGUUUGCACAAGUCCUUGCAGUUUGCUUAGAGCCAGACACCCGCUCCUCACCCUUACAUGCUUUUCUCAGGGUGACUACAAUGGGGGGUAGGGCUGCCCCCAGCAGUGGCAGCUCAUUGUUAGUGAUGUUUGUCACGAAUUACAAGGACCACAGUCCCCACAGGCUCCCUCCAGCAUCUCACCCCCUGGAACUUCAGUGGGUCAUUGCCAGUGUGACAUCCCAGUUCUGCUGGAUCACCAGCCACAGCAAACAGGGUCUCUGCGGCAUCUCAACUGAUGUGAAGAGAUAACAGAAAUCUGGAAAGACUAAAAUAAGUACAUGGAUUGGGAAGAGUUUAACUUUCUUUUAGAAAUGCAGUUUUUGCUGUGUUUGAACUAUGUGUCCCUGAAGAUUUUAUGUCAAAAUGAAACUGUGUAACGAAUAUUAAAUGUUUAUCAAGAAAUUCA